CCACCGCCUGCAUCACUUUAACGACCAGCUUCCACCAACUCCGCGAGCCUGACCGACGCUGCCCGGCCGCAGAAUGCACGGGGGAAAAAGAGGACUGGUGGCACCACAGAACACUUUUUUGGAGAAUGUUGUCCGUCGCUCAAGUGAGAACAGUUUUUUGCUGGGGAAUGCGCAGAUCGUGGAGUGGCCUAUAGUUUACAGUAAUGACGGAUUCUGCAAGCUCUCUGGUUACCACAGGGCAGAGGUCAUGCAGAAGAGCAGCACAUGCAGUUUCAUGUACGGCGAGCUGACAGACAAGAAGACAAUAGACAAAGUCAGACAGACCUUUGAUAACUAUGAGUCCAAUUGCUUUGAAGUGCUGCUCUAUAAGAAGAACAGAACACCUGUAUGGCUCCAUAUGCAGGUGGCCCCCAUCAGGAACGAGAAUGAUAAGGUGGUCCUGUUCCUCUGCACUUUCAAGGAUAUCACUGUCUUCAAGCAGCCCAUAGAAGAUGAGACCACCAGAGGAUGGACCAAGUUUGCCAGGCUGACCAGGGCAUUAACCAACAGCCGAGGUACGGUUCAGCAGCUCACCCCCAUGAACAAGACUGAAGUCAGUCACAAGCAUUCACGACUGGCAGAGGCUCUUCAACUGGGCUCCGACAUUCUCCCUCAAUAUAAGCAAGAGGCUCCUAAAACUCCACCUCAUAUUAUAUUGCACUACUGCACCUUUAAGACCACUUGGGACUGGGUUAUUCUCAUCCUCACCUUCUACACAGCCAUCAUGGUGCCCUACAAUGUGUCUUUUAAGACCAAGCAGAACAACCUGGUGUGGUUGGUACUGGACAGCGUGGUGGAUGUCAUCUUCCUAGUGGAUAUUGUGUUGAACUUUCAUACAACUUUUGUGGGACCUGGAGGAGAGGUCAUAUCUGACCCAAAGCUUAUACGCAUGAACUACUUGAAGACCUGGUUUGUCAUAGACCUGCUGUCCUGUCUACCCUAUGACAUCAUCAAUGCCUUUGAAAACGUGGAUGAGGACACCUUUGUAGACUCCUCUGCUGUGGGUCACUUGCCAUCUGCAGGCCAUUCUCCACGAAACGCCACACGUGCGGAGGAUUCAGUGCUGCCCGGUCUCAGCAGUCUGUUCAGCUCAUUGAAAGUGGUGCGUUUACUCCGCCUGGGUCGAGUUGCUCGCAAACUGGACCACUAUCUGGAAUAUGGUGCUGCUGUGUUGGUUUUGCUGGUGUGUGUCUUUGGCCUGGUGGCACAUUGGCUGGCCUGCAUCUGGUACAGCAUUGGAGAUUACGAGGUCAUCGAUGAAGCCACCAAUAGCCUCAAGACGGACAGCUGGCUUUAUCAGUUAGCCAUUAGCAUUGGGACGCCGUACCGCUAUAACGCCAGCGGCUCAGGCCAUUGGGAAGGUGGACCAAGCAAACACACGCUCUACAUUUCAUCUCUCUAUUUCACCAUGACCAGUCUCACCACUAUUGGCUUUGGCAACAUUGCACCAACCACUGACGGGGAGAAGAUCUUCUCUGUGGCCAUGAUGAUGGUGGGCUCUCUUCUGUACGCAACCAUCUUUGGAAACGUGACCACCAUCUUUCAGCAGAUGUACACCAACACCAACCGCUACCAUGAGAUGCUGAACAACGUGAGAGACUUUCUGAAGCUCUAUCAGGUGCCUAAAGGGCUGAGCGAGAGGGUUAUGGACUACAUCGUGUCCACGUGGGCCAUGACUAAAGGCAUAGACACAGAGAAGGUUCUGUCCAUUUGUCCUAAAGACAUGCGGGCAGACAUCUGCGUGCACCUGAACCGGCAGGUGUUCAAUGAGCACCCUGCUUUCCGGCUGGCCAGUGACGGCUGCCUGCGCUCUUUGGCGGUGGAGUUUCAGACCACACACUGCGCUCCAGGAGAUCUCAUCUUCCAUGCCGGUGAGAGUGUGGACACCCUGUGCUUCGUCGUGUCUGGAUCGCUGGAGGUCAUUCAGGAUGAUGAAGUUAUUGCCAUUCUAGGUAAGGGCGAUGUGUUUGGUGACGUGUUCUGGAAGGAGUCGUCUCUGGCUCAUGCCUGUGCAAACGUGAGGGCCCUGACAUACUGCGACCUGCACGUCAUCAGGAGAGACGCAUUACUCAAAGUGCUGGAGUUUUACACGGCCUUCGCUAACUCCUUUUCCAGAAACCUCAUCCUCACCUGCAACCUCCGCAAGCGGAUUGUUUUCCGCAAGAUUGCAGAUGUAAAGAAGGAGGAAGAAGAGAGGAGACACCAAAAGAAUGAGGUGACAUUGUCUAUCCCUGUGGACCAUCCUGUCCGCAAGCUCUUCCAAAAAUUCAAACAGCAAAAGGAGAUGCGCACACAAGGUCCAUCCCAGUAUGACCUGGAGAGGAACCAGUUUCAGGUAGAACACCACCUCCAUCCGCUGUCCCACCAGCUUCAUCAGCAGCAAUAUCAGCCCCAGUACCAGGGACAUCAUUCCCUUCAACACCAACACGUGGCCCCUAUGCAAAAUGGGGCCCCUGGCUCGGGAAAUGGUAAUGGUGGUUCUUGUGUCGUGACUGUCUCACAAAUAACCCCAAUACAGAGUGCCCUAGCCUACGCUCAGACUGAGGAAACGAACAUGAGUGAAGGUCAUGAGGCUAUGGAGCUCAAGCCCAACUUUGGUGCAGAGGACUCGAAUUGUCUAAAGGUAACAAGUCCUGUGAAACCCAGAGCAGGAAAGGGACGAGGCUGGAUGCGUUUCCAUAACAUUGCAUCCGGAUCAUCUCCAAUGCUUCCACUGGAAUUAGAGAAACAGCCACAGCAGAAGGAAGAGGAGUGGGGGGAUGUAUCUCAGCCCCUGAAUGCAAUCUCAGAGGACAGGAAGGGCCAGGAAGCAGAGGGUGGUGGGUCCCAGAAAGAGGGUCCCAGUGGAAACAGUAACAGUAGCGAGGAGACUGAUGAGAAUAGUGCCCUACACAAGACUGAUUCUUGUGACAGUGGAAUCACAAAGAGUGACUUGCGUAUUGACCGAGUAGGGGAUUCGCGUAGCCCUUAUGAUAGGUGCUCAAUGGAAAGGAGCCCUUUUGAUCAGCCUAGUCCAGGAGUGGUAGACGUGACUCUUCGGGGGAUUCACUUUCAGCCUGUUCCAGACCAGGCUGUGCUUCAGAACAGCUUGUACGAGGCAAAGCAGGAACUGAAAGGUGACAUCCAGACAUUAAACAGCCGACUAGCGGCUCUGGAGGACCAGGUAGGGGAGAUUUUAAGACUUCUCUCCGAAAAAAGGAAACCUUCUCCACCUUCCCAGACCUCCUCGCCAAAAACCACACUUGAGUGCCAGGACAUAUUUGCUGUUUCUCAGCCCGUCACUCCAGAGACGGAGGGCGAUGAUGGGCCGCUUUGAAUUAGGAGAAAUAUAUUUAGAUAUUGAUAUGCUGUUUUUAUUUAUCACUUGCCCUUCCUCUCACUCAGG